GCCAACCCGUUUAGACAUUACUGAGGUGUUUGAGCGCAGGUCCGGGACCAGAAGCGUUAAUCAUGUCCCGCUUUGUGGAAUUGAGGGAAUUCGGAGAUGCGGCCACGUUUCUGCGUAAAACCAACCUGGAACAACUCGCUGCGCAGUCCCAUGCGUUUGAUGGGAAGAAGCGUGUUUGGAUUCCAGAUGAAAAAGAAGCCUACAUUGAGGUGGAAAUCAAAGAUACAGAUGGAGAUAAAGUCAUGGUGGAGACCAAAGAUGGAAUGAUGUUAACGGUGAAAGAGGAAGACAUUCAGCAGAUGAAUCCCCCGAAGUUUGACAUGAUUGAAGACAUGGCCAUGCUUACGCACCUCAACGAGGCCUCUGUUCUUUUCAACCUCAGCCGUCGCUACAGUUUCUGGAUGAUCUACACAUAUUCAGGACUGUUUUGUGUGACAGUUAACCCGUAUAAAUGGCUUCCCGUCUAUUCUCCUGAAGUGGUUGCAGCAUAUAAGGGAAAGCGUCGCACAGAUGUUCCACCUCACAUCUAUGCCAUAGCAGACAAUGCCUACAAUGACAUGCUAAAAAAUCGUGAAAACCAGUCAAUGCUUAUCACCGGAGAAUCCGGUGCUGGCAAAACUGUCAACACGAAACGUGUAAUUCAGUAUUUUGCCAUUAUAGCUGCUCUUGGCGAUGCUGGGGGCAAAAAAGGAGGUACAUUAGAGGAUCAGAUCAUUGAGGCCAACCCAGCUAUGGAAGCUUUCGGCAAUGCAAAAACCCUAAGGAACGACAACUCAUCUCGCUUUGGGAAGUUCAUUCGAAUCCAUUUUGGUCCAACAGGGAAACUAGCAUCUGCUGACAUUGACAUCUAUCUUCUGGAAAAAUCCAGAGUGAUUUUUCAGCAACCUGGAGAGAGAAGCUACCACAUCUACUACCAGAUCCUCUCGCAAAGAAAACCAGAACUCCAAGACAUGCUGCUGGUGUCAUCAAAUCCCUAUGACUACCACUUCUGCUCGCAGGGCGUUACAACUGUGGACCACCUGGAUGAUGGAGAUGAGCUGCUUGCAACUGAUCAUGCAAUGGACACCCUUGGCUUCACCCCUGAGGAGAAGUAUGGCUGUUAUAAGAUAGUUGGUGCCAUCAUGCACUUCGGCAACAUGAAGUUCAAAGUGAGGCAGAGAGAGGAGCAAGCAGAGGCGGACGGCACUGAAAGUGCGGACAAAGCCUCCUAUCUCAUGGGGAUCAGUUCAGCUGACCUCAUAAAGGGACUGCUUCACCCUAGAGUGAAAGUGGGCAAUGAGUAUAUUGUCAGAGGACAGACAGUUGAACAGGUGACCUACGCAGUUGGUGCUUUGGCCAAAGCCACAUAUGAUCGUAUGUUUAAAUGGAUGGUGAGCAGAAUCAAUAAAACUCUGUACACGGCCCUGCCCCGUCAGUUCUUCAUAGGAGUGCUGGACAUAGCAGGCUUCGAGAUCUUUGAGUUCAACAACUUUGAGCAAAUGUGCAUCAACUUCACAAAUGAGAAACUGCAACAGUUUUUCAACCAUCACAUGUUCAUCCUAGAGCAGGAGGAGUACAAAACAGAGGGCAUAGAAUGGACUUUCAUAGACUUCGGAUUAGACCUGCAGGCCUGCAUUGAUCUCAUUGAGAAGCCAUUGGGUAUACUCUCUAUUCUGGAGGAGGAGUGCAUGUUCCCUAAAGCCACGGAGAGCAGCUUCAAAGCUAAACUAUAUGAUAAUCACCUGGGCAAGUCUCCCAACUUCCUAAAACCGAGGCUGGACAAAAAACGCAAAUAUGAGACUCACUUUGAGCUGGUGCACUACGCCGGAGUGGUGCCAUAUAACAUCAGCGGAUGGCUUGACAAAAACAGAGAUCCUCUGAAUGAAACAGUGGUGGCAAUCUUCCAGAGGUCGUCUAACAAGUUAAUGGCAACCCUCUUCGAGAACUUCAUCAGCUUAGAUUCAGUUACAGAAGCGAAGCCAGGGAGCAAAGAGAAGAGGAAGAAAGGUGCAUCAUUUCAAACCGUAUCCCAGCUGCAUAAGGAGAAUCUAAACAAGUUGAUGACUAAUUUGAGAAGCACUCAGCCUCAUUUUGUGCGAUGCAUUAUCCCCAAUGAGACUAAGAACCCAGGGGUAAUGGAGCCAUUUCUGGUUCUGCACCAGCUUCGCUGCAAUGGAGUUCUGGAAGGGAUCCGCAUUUGCAGGAAGGGAUUUCCCAACCGGAUUCUCUAUGCAGAGUUCAAACAGCGCUACCGUAUCCUGAACCCAUUGGCCAUCCCAGAGGACACAUAUGUGGACAGCAGGAAAGCUGUAGAAAAGUUGCUUGGGUCUCUAGAUAUCGACCAUACGCAGUACAAGUUUGGCCAUAGCAAGGUUUUCUUUAAGGCUGGACUUCUUGGCCAGCUGGAGGACAUGAGGGAUGAACGUCUCUCUGAGAUCCUCACCAUGCUGCAGGCCUUCUGCAGGGGCAAGCUCAUGCGGAUGGAGCGCAGGAGGAUGAUGAUAGAGAAGGAAGCUCUGAUGGUCAUUCAGUGGAACAUCCGUGCCUUCUACGCCGUCAAGAACUGGCCAUGGAUGUGUCUGUUCUUCAAGAUUAAACCUUUGCUGAGGAGCGCAGCUACAGAGAAGGAGCUGGCUACACUGAAGGAGGAGUUCCAGAAGCUAAAAGAAGCUCUCGAGAGGUCUGAAGUAAAGAGGAAGGAGUUUGAGGAAAGACAGAUCUCUUUGGUGCAAGAGAAAAAUGACCUCUCACUACAGCUUCAAGCGGAGCAGGAUAACCUGGCCGAUGCUGAGGAGCGCUGUAACCUGCUGAUCAGGGCUAAGAUCCAGAUGGAGGGGAAAAUUAAAGAGCUGAUGGAGAGGCUUGAAGACGAAGAGGAGGUUAAUGCCACCAUCCUGGCCAAGAAACGCAAACUUGAGGAUGAGUGUAUUGAGCUGAAGAAAGACCUGGAUGACCUAGAGAUCACUUUGGCCAAGGUGGAAAAGGAAAAACAUGCCACUGAGAACAAGGUGAAAAACUUGUUGGAGGAAAUGGCUACAUUGGAUGAAUCCAUCCUCAGGCUGACAAAAGAGAAGAAAGCCCUCCAGGAUGCUCAUCAGCAGGCUCUGGAAGACCUGCAGAAUGAGGAAAACAAAGUGAACAUGCUGUCCAAGGCCAAGAUCAAACUUGAGCAGCAGGUGGAUGAUUUAGAGGGGUCUUUGGAGCAAGAGAAGAAAGUGCGUAUGGAUCUGGAGCGAGUGAAGCGGAAGCUUGAAGGAGAUCUAAAGAUUUCCAUGGAAUCAUCCAUGGAUUUGGAGAACAACAAACAGCAGCUAGAGGAAAGACUGAAGAAGAAAGACCUUGAAAUGGUUCACAUUGGUGCAAAGAUUGAAGAGGAGCAAGCUCUGGUUAUGCAACUGCAGAAGAAAAUAAAAGAAUUACAGACACGUAUAGAAGAGCUUGAGGAGGAACUCGAGGCUGAAAGAGCAGCUCGGUCAAAAUCUGACAAGCAACGCGCUGAUGUGUCAAGGGAACUGGAAGAGCUAAGCGAACGUCUGGAGGAAGCAGGAGGUGCUACCGCUGCCCAGAUUGAGAUGAACAAGAAGCGGGAAGCUGACUUCUUAAAGCUCCGGAGAGAUCUCGAAGAAGCCUCACUGCAUCAUGAAACUACUAUGGCCAUGUUAAGGAGAAAGCAUGCCGACACUGUCACUGAGUUGGGGGAGCAGUUGGACAACCUGCAGAGGGUCAAACAGAAGCUGGAGAAGGAAAAAGCAGAAAUCAGAAUGGAGUCUGAAGAUCUGGCUUCUAACAUUGAACAUCUCUCCAGAGCCAAAACGACAACAGAGAAAAUGUGCAGGAUGUAUGAAGACCAGCUGAAUGAGUCUAAAACCAAGGUGGAGGAACUCCAGAGGCAGCUAAUGGAUGUCACCUCUCAAAAAGCACGGGCUCAGACAGAGAGUGCCGAAGUCAGUCGCAGACUGGAAGAGAGAGAGGUUCUGGUUAUGCAGCUGCAACGGACAAAAAGUGCUCUCACCCAGACAACGGAAGAGCUGAAGAAACAGCUAGAAGAGGAAUGCAAAGCAAAGAACAGUUUAGCUCAUGCGGUACAGUCAUCCAGGCAUGAUUGUGAGCUUUUGAGAGAGCAGUUUGAGGAGGAGCAAGAGGCCAAAUCCGAGUUGCAGCGUGCUCUGUCUAAAGCCAACGCCGAGAUUGCACAGUGGAGAACAAAGUAUGAGACUGACGCGAUUCAGAGGACUGAUGAACUUGAGGACGCUAAGAAGAAGCUGGUUGCACGGCUCCAAAGUUCUGAGGAGGCAGUGGAAGCCUCCAAUGCCAAAUGUGCCUCGCUGGAGAAGACCAAGCACCGUCUGCAGACUGAGAUUGAGGACCUGAUGGUUGAUUUGGAACGCUCUAAUGCUGUGGCUGUUGCAUUGGACAAAAAGCAGCGCAAUUUUGAUAAGGUGCUGUGUGAAUGGAGGCAGAAGUUUGAGGAGACACAGGCCGAGCUGGAAAGCUCUCAGAAAGAGUCCCGUAGUCUCAGCACAGAGCUCUUCAAGCUCAAAAACUCCUAUGAAGAAGCCCUUGACCAGCUGGAGACAAUCAAAAGGGAGAACAAGAACCUGCAGGAGGAAAUUUCUGACUUGACUGAUCAGAUCAGUAAUGGCAACAAGACCAUCCAUGAGCUUGAACAGAUGAAGAAGGUGCUGGACCAUGAGAAGUGUGACAUUCAAGCAGCACUGGAGGAGGUUGAGGGCACUCUGGAGCACGAGGAGAGUAAGACCUUACGCAUCCAGCUGGAGCUGAGCCAGAUCAGAACUGAAGUUGAAAAGAAAAUUGCAGAGAAAGAUGAAGAGAUUGACAAUCUCCGUCGAAACAAUCAGCGGACUCUGGACACAAUGCAGACCACACUGGAUGCAGAGAUCAGGGCACGCAAUGAGGCAGUCAGGGUUAAGAAAAAGAUGGAGGGAGAUAUGAAUGAGAUGGAGAUUCAUCUGAACCACGCAAACAGACAAGCUGUGGAGUCUCAGAAAAUGGUGCGCAACCUACAGCUUCAAAUCAAGGACCUGCAAUUAGAGUUAGACGAGUCUAUACAUCAAUGUGAGGACCUAAAGGAGCAAGUGACGGUCACAGAAAGAAGAAACACCCUGCUAGCUGCAGAGUUGGAGGAGCUGCGUGGAGUGGUGGAGCAAACGGACCGUAUGCGUAAAGUCGCUGAGCAGGAGCUUAUGGAGUCCACUGAGAGAGUGAACCUGCUGCACGCUCAGAACACGGUAGUGUUGAACCACAAGAAGAAGUUAGAGAGUGAUCUCUCCUCACUGUCCGGCGAGGUGGAUGAUGCUCUGCAGGAGUGUCGCAAUGCUGAAGAGAAGGCGAAGAAGGCAAUAACUGAUGCAUCCAUGAUGGCGGAAGAACUGAAGAAGGAGCAGGACACCAGCAGCCACCUGGAGAGGAUGAAGAGAAACAUGGAGCAGACCAUCAAAGACCUGCAGAUACGUCUGGAUGAGGCUGAGCAGACUGCGCUCAAGGGAGGAAAGAAACAGAUUCAGAAACUGGAAGUUCGGGUGCGAGAGCUAGAGGGAGAGCUGGAGUGUGAGCAGAAGAAGUGCGGAGAAUUUCAGAAAGGAAUACGAAAAUAUGAGAGGAGGAUUAAAGAGCUCACUUACCAGACAGAGGAGGACAGGAAAACUCUCCUAAGGAUGCAAGACCUGAUUGACAAACUACAGGCAAAAGUAAAGAGCUUUAAGAGACAAGCUGAGGAUGCGGAGGAGCAGGCCAACUGCAAUAUGUCUCGGUUCAAGAAGAUCCAGCAUGAGCUGGAUGAAGCCGAGGAGAGGGCAGAUAUAGCCGAAUCUCAGGUCAACAAGCUGCGUGUGCGCACCCGAGAGACUCACGUCGUAAAGAUCGUGGAGUGAAGACUGACUUAAGCUAGAUGACUUUUAAGAGUCAUGUAUUGUGUGACAAGUACCUUUCCUUUCUUUUUGGUCUUUGUAAAAUGCUGCAAGGCACAAAGGUUUUGGAAAUGUUUAAUGUUUAAUGCUUACUGAAGGUCAACGCAAACUGAUUUUUUUUUGUUGUGAUUGAAGCCUUCAAAGAUAAAAUGCUGAUUUUGAGAUGUCAAAACAGUAGUCCUGAAAAGUUUUUUUUAAGUGUUUGUUCAUGUGUCUUUCUUGGAAAGCUCUCAGGCUGCAGAGCUCAUAAUUUGCAGUGUUUUGGAAAAUCACUGUCAUUACAGUACAGCUGAAGAACAGCACAAG